AUGGCUUCGUGGACGAACAAAUUUGGAGACGAUUACGCUGAGCACUCUGCAGUCUUCGCCAAGGAUGCUGAUGUCGAACACAUUGAGAUGAUGGGCGUUUCUGUUAGAGAAGUUUUAAUGCCGGCGUUUGAGGAGGCGUUGAAGGAUAUGGGAGGGAAGCCCUUGAGAGAGGCGAAAAUACUGGAGAUUGGCUGCGGCACCGGUAGCAUACUAGACGUCCUUAGAGUAGAAGGCGCUGACCCCAACUUGCUGUAUGGUGUCGAUCUCAACGAGAAAAGUGUUAGUAUUGCUAACGCUAAGCAUGAGUUUCAUGUUCAACACGUUGAAGGGUACGACUAUAUUCUGCCUGGCAACCCGGAAAUUGAUAUCGCCUUCUGCAAGCAGUGUCUUAGUCAUGUCCCCCCAGCUGAUUACGAGAAGUUUUUCGGCAAAAUCCGACAAUUAGAAGCGAAGUACUUCAUCAUUAGUGAAGGCAUUAACCCGAACGGCUAUGAGGCGACUAAGUGGGGAGAGUGGACUUUCCAUACGAAUGAUUUUCUCAAGUUGUGCACGGCUCAGUUUGGCAAGCCUAUGUUUACGAAAAAUUUCGUGGCUAAGGAGCCCGAAAUGUUUGCGCCGUUGAUGCAUGAUACUACUGCACUUUUUAAACUCUGCAAGUUGGUCACCACUGCUGCCAGUGGAAAGAGGUGGGCUACCGUCGAUGUUGCAGUCAGUGCUGAACGUAACAAGAAUGCGAAGAUCUUCCUAAAGACAGAUGGGAAAAGCCCGCGACCGAUAAUCGGUUAUGGAGGAUCAAUUCCUGAGCAGACGUUUACCAAUGUGAACGAAAAGGCGAUGGACGAGCUUGUCGAAGUGUACUUCGGCUCUGCCGGGCUUGAUUAUAACAUGUUGCGAGUGCCAGUUCAUUCGACGGGGAAUGGUUACGUAUUCGAUAACGUAUAUAACGACUUCGACUUGAAGCAUUUUGAUUAUAACCUCACUGGUGAUAGAAAAAAUGGAAAGAUGGAGAUGAUCAUGAAGGUCCUCAAAAAGAAAGAAAAACUCAAGAUAGUUGGCAGCGCUUGGUCGCCGCCGUCUUGGAUGAAACUCGGCAAUCACAGUAUGAACGGCAGUCCCAAGCCAUGCCUUAAGAAUGAUCCUCGAUACCACAAGGUGUGGGCUGAUUAUCUCGUCACAUGGGUUGCCGCUUAUGAGAGGCUUGGAGUGCCGAUAUGGGCGAUUACGCAGCAGAACGAACCAUCGUGA